CCGACACGUAGUAGAAACACUCUUUGAUUUUUGUUCAUUAGCAGCGCGUGGAAAAUAGAUUGUCCAGCGUCGGAUUGCCAGGUGUCAUUCAACCCCCAUCGGCCAUUGAUAACCUGUCCACUGCUAAUCACGGCAAUGAAUAAUUCGACUGUCCUUCCUGUAAAUAUCACGUCUACUGAUGUCGUCCCCACUGUGACAUGGAGAAAGAUCAUAAUCGGUAUAGUUCUUUACGGAAUUGUGCUUUUAACAAUAUGUGGAAACAGUCUUGUAUUAGUAGCAGUGGCAAAAACUAAACGUUUACAAACAGUUUUUAAUUUCUAUGUCAUCAACCUGGCAAUCACUGACAUAUCUGUGGCGGUAUGUGCCAUGAGUCUGUACACAACUAACACUGUACUGGGAUACUGGCCAUUCGGUUCCUUUCUGUGCGGUGUUUGGAUUUUCUUUGACUAUGGGAUGACGUUCGCCUCUGUAUUCACUCUUUUGGUGAUAUCCAUUGACAGGUUCUGGUCAGUGACGUGGAGUGUGCACUAUCGGGCGCAUCACAAUAAACGCAAGUGUAUUCGGCUCAUUAUAGCUGUCUGGGUGUCUAUGAUAGUGUUAUGGCUGCCUGCGUGUGUGAUGGACAGGGUGAACAACGCUGUUCCGGGACAGUGCAUAUGGGAACCGUCGAAUAACAAGGAAUUUGUGUUUGUCAUAGCAACCAUCGGUCAUCAUGGCUCUUUCGCUAUACUUCUUAUUUGUUACAUUCGCGUUUUCUACGUGUUGAGAAAAAGAAAUAGUUUCAAUUCGGUAGGACCGAGUGAGAAAUUCCGUGAUCAGCCCAGCACAUCUAGAGUUGUAAAUGGUGUGUCAAACAAGAACGAAGAAAGUCAGUCGAAGGAUUCCAUUGAAGAAAGCGCAGCUGUGAAAACCGUAACCGAAAGCGACGUAAAGAAAACACCGAUAAGUCUGUCACCACCUAAUCGAAAUGGGAUUCAUCUCGACCCGAUCUCUAUCAUAACAAUUCCGUCAACGAGUCAAAUAAAACCUGAGGUAGGAGUAGUCAACAGCGAGGUUGCAAAGAAGCAAAGGCAGCUGCUGAAACGAGAGAGAAGGAACGAUAGACACGAGAGGCGAGUGUUCAUCACUCUAACCUACAUUUUGAUUGGUUACAUUAUCUGUUGGCUGCCGUUCCACAUCGUGUUUGACGUUAGUGCAAUAGCACCAGACAAGGUAUCAGAGAUGGUGUUUGUCGUUACGUUCUGGAUGUCAUACUGUAACUCGACAAUCAAUCCAUUUUUGUAUAACUUCAGUAGUAAAGAUUUCAGGAAUGCUUUUCGUGAACUGUUAUGUAGAAAGUGAAAUUGAGAGAAAAGUUAAAAUGGACUAAAUCAUUUUCUAUGUGACAGUUAAGAGGAUUUGUGUUGUUCUGGCCAUCAAAUCCCUUCGUGAGUAAAGGCAUUGAAGACAAGACGUUUGAAAACAGACUGUUAAGCCUCUAUAUCAAACAUCGCAGUGAUAGAGAUGACAAAACAGAAACAAACGUUUCUUAUAUAGAGGGACUAACGAUUUAAAAUGGACUUAGUCUUCUGCAAAGUUUUACUGAAAGUUGAAAUAAAUGUAUGAUAAAUCUUGUAAUUUAAGCCUUUGCCAAGGAAGGCGUGCUGUUGCCAUACAUAAGAUGUCUUCAUAUUGAUACAUUAUGUCAUACCUUUUUAUUUGUGAAGUCAUCUUUGGUUUUAUGAUAUUGAGGAUAUAAUACUUCAUUUUAAACUGCCUAAUAUAAAAAUAGUUUUACAUCUCUUAUUCUAAUUUGUAUGUCAACAAUUGAAUAUAUAGUUAUUGUUUACGUUGUCCACAUGAUUGUUCUUCUACAAAUGUAUAAUAGUUGUUGUUAUUUUGGCAUUUUAUUAUAUAUCUCAUGUGUGAGAUUAAUUCACGACGAUAUGCUACUAACAAUAGCACACAACAGCUACUUGCGUCUUACAUUUGCACAAUAACAUAAGGGAAAAUGUUAGUCUACAGCUACUGAUCACUAAUGUUAGUAUCACCAUAGUAACUGAUCACCAAUGUUAGUAUUACCAUAGUAACUGAUCACUAAUGUUAGUACUACCAUAGUUACUGAUCACUAAUGUUAGUAUCACCAUAGUAACUGAUCACCAAUGUUAGUAUUACCAUAGUAACUGAUCACUAAUGUUAGUACUACCAUAGUUACUGAUCACUAAUGUUAGUACUACCAUAGUUACUGAUCACUAAUGUUAGUAUCACCAUAGUUACUGAUCACUAAUGUUAGUAUCACCAUAGUUACUGAUCACUAAUGUUAGUAUUACCAUAGUUACUGAUCACUAAUGUUAGUAUCACCAUAGUUACUGGUCACUGAUGUUAGUAUUACCAUAGGUACUGAUCACUAAUGUUAGUAUUACCAUAGUUACUGAUCACUAAUGUUAGUAUCACCAUAGUAACUGAUCACUAAUGUUAGUAUUACCAUAGUUACUGAUCACUAAUGUUAGUAUCACCAUAGUUACUGAUAGGUAAUGUUAGUAUCACCAUAGUUACUGAUCACUAAUGUUAGUAUCACCAUAGUUACUGAUAGGUAAUGUUAGUAUCACCAUAGUAACUGAUCACUAAUGUUAGUAUCACCAUAGUAACUGAUCACUAAUGUUAGUAUUACCAUAACUAAUUAUCACUAAUGUUAGUAUUACCAUAACUACUUAUCACUAAUGUUAGUAUCACCAUAGCAACUGAUCACUAAUGUUAGUAUUACCAUAACUACUUAUCACUAAUGUUAGUAUUACCAUAGUUACUGAUCACUAAUGCAAUCAAAUGUAUUAGUAUUACAAUAGUUACUUAUUGCUAGAUAUUAUUGUUACUGUAACUACUAUUCACGUGUUUUAUCUAUAUCAAAAAAAGCUCAGAUAGUGUAAACUUAAUGCUAUCGUUUAAUUUGAAGAAUAGUACACAUAAAUGUAUAUCACUCGAAAUCACUAAAACGCUCGAGUAUAGUGUAAAACAUAUUAAAAUGUCUCUGCUGUAAAGUUUUAAAAAAAAAGAAAAUAGGUUGGUUUUACGAACAUGAUGUUAAC